AUGACGCGAGCGCGAGAGCGCGACGUCAUCGUCGCCGCGCGCGCACAUCACCAUGAGCGGCCCCACGCGUCGCGCCGCGUCGCUCGUCGCACGGGCGUACCUCGCCUCCCCGACCGCGGUCACGACGACCGCGGCGGGGACGUGGCGGUCUCACGCUUCCGCGGGUUCGCGCGCGACUCCGACGACGACUUCAAGCCGCAAACGCACGUCACCGGGGACGACGCGAUCCAGGCCGCGAUCGCGACGGACGUCAAGGAGAACAAGGUGCUCCUGUACAUGAAGGGCACCCCCGCCGCGCCGCGGUGCGGGUUCAGCAACAUGGCGGUGCAGAUCCUAAACUUUCACGGCGCGUCCUUCGCGUCCAGGGACGUGCUGUCCUCGGAGGAGUUACGCGCGGGGAUCAAGACGUUCACGUCGUGGCCCACGGUGCCGCAGGUGUUCAUCGACGGCGAGUUCAUCGGCGGGUGCGACAUCUUGCGGCAGAUGCACGACGACGGGAGCCUCGCGAAGGAGCUCGAGAAGGUGAAGUGAUGAUUCGGGGACGGGGACGGGGACGGCCCCGACGACGACGCGGGCGGGGACGGAGCGCGCGCGCGAAGCGUUUAGGACACUCAUAAGUUACGUUAUGACAACC